CAUGCUACUUCGUGGGCAGAAUGUAAAGGAGUUUGUUGUUCUGGAAAUUUCUUCCUUCUCACCACUGAUUUGGCACCUUGAUUCCUUUUCGUUACUUAGAAUCUCAUUCUUGCCACUGGAAGCUCUCACUAAGAUACUGAGAUGUAUGUCAAAAUUCUACCUGGUGGUGAAAACGGAAUGAGGUUACAGUACUCCACGGAUGAAAUACAAAAUAGACAUGUGCACGGCGUCCUAAUUUGUGCUUGAAAUGGAGCUUUUACUGGUUGGAGUAGUUGUGAUUUUUGUGAAUUUAAUAGUGCGGCGUCUGUGUGUACAUGUAUUUCGCUGUCUUUGCGACAGCAUUCCUCUUAUUGACGAAUUUUGGAUGGAGCUAAGCAUUUUGGGCUGCUAAACAUUUUGAACAUCAGUUGGGCCGUCGUGAAAGGCCUCACUGCUUGAUUACGCUUUCUUGAAAGCCCAUCAGCUUACGCGUCUUCCAUUCCCCCUUCUCGCCGGCGCCGCAAUAAAACCCAAGCAAGAAACCCAUCCCGCUCGCCGCCGGCGGCUCACCGGAGACGGCACCCAUGGCCUCCCGCCGGGCACUCCACCUCCUCACGGCCAGCCGCGGGAUCUCCUCGACCCCGCACCUCGCCUCCCUCGGCUGGUUCGACAAGAUCAAGUCCACCUUCACCGGCAAGAAGCCCGACGCGGCCUCCGAGGCAGACUCCUUCACCCUCAUCAAGUUCGCGGACUCGAUUGAGACGGCGAGGAAGCUGGGAAAGUUGAAGAACUUCGUCUCCGGGCGGGCCAGCGAGGCCACCGCCGUAAGCGCCUUCGAGAAGCACUCCUCCGUGCUGCGCUACCUCGGCGCCAUCGACCCCAUUGGCCAGAAACUCCAAAACAGUGACAAGAUUAAUGCCUCCAAGCACUGCAACUGCACUAUUGCUGAUGUGGAGCACAUACUGGCCAAGUAUACAUGGGCUAAAGAGGCUCAGAAGAAGUUAGUAAAGCUCAAGGAAGAAGGAAAGCCACUGCCAAAGACAUUUAAUGAGAUCCAAAAUCUAGUGGGUUCUACACCAAUGGACAUCGGCCAAUCUAAUCUGGCAAAGAGUGGUCAGAUAAGUAGGAAUGCUCUCUGCCCGUGUGGUUCUAAGAAACGAUAUAAAAGGUGCUGUGGAGCUUCAUGAGGUGAACAACCAUGCUUUUGUUUGCUUGCAAAUGACGAAAGCCGGAGGCAGCAUUUUGCUUUGCUGUGAUCAAGAAAAGCUUUUUUGGCAAUUCUCAAUGUGAACAUGCAGCUAUUUCCUGGACAGCAAACCAUGCGAAUGUGAGCACAUGACGUUGAACCUUGUAAAGCACAAUAUGAGCCCUGUACGUGGGAAGAAACGUUUGCUCAAAUUGCGUGAUUUCUUGGUUGAUUCGAUUCGUCCAUGUUGAUGAAUCUUGGUGACAUCCAUUUAGCUUGUUCAGAGUUCAGAUACAAGCUUGAGUAUUUUUAGCUUCAGUGUUGCUCAACGUUUUUAUGUUCUAGGUGGCUUAAGGGCUAAGGCAUUAUGCUGGAUGAAUCUGAAAAAAAUAACUUUCUUUUGCUUCACAUCU